ACUUCUUCUGUAGGCCGGGUGGAAGAAAACAAGUCACGAUUGUAAUGGGUAGGGUCUCGAAUCAUAAGUACGUUUGGGAUUUGGGAGUUUCGUAAAUUUUAACAUAGCUUUUAUAGCAAGCUAGGCUAGAUUAACAUGGUUUUCAAGCUAGUUCAUGUUUGGAUGAUUUGAAUUGGAUACCAAACCAACCGAAACGUCACUAUUUUGCAACAACAAUCAAAAUCAAUGAAAUCGCAUGGUCUGACUGAACGAUCGAGAACAAGCCCGUAAAAAAAACAUCUAAGUUUCUAAUAACAGUAUGAUAAAAGCAUUUUUUGAACUAUUUGCCAAAGUUUUUGGAGCUAUAUGUCGGAUUAUUCAAAUAUGGAGGGUGAGGUUUUGGUUCGCAGCCUCUUAAUAGGUGGUCUUUCUUGGCUAUGGAGGUGCUCUAUAUGGAUUGUUAGUAUUGUGGUUAUUCCAAAGCAAGCUUUCUUCUAUAGAUAAAAGCUGGGUACGCUUUUCACCAAAGAGCUCUUUUUACUGUUUCACUUCUUGGCAUUUAGUGAAUUUCAUCUAGAGAGUUUUGCUCUUUCCCCUUUCUCAAUCCCUCACGCAAGAAGACUCCAGUCAUGGCCUGUCAAAAAGGGGGGUGGGGGAAGAGAUGACUUCCCAAGAUACUACUACUGCCCUUCACCUUACCUCUGCCUUUUGACCAUCGAUUAAACUUCACCUUCCCUCCCUCUUCCUGGAAAAUCCAUCUCCCAUACUCUUCCCUCCCAGUCACAUCUCCUUUUUUCUCUCAUAACUUCUCUUUCCAGACAUCCAAACUUCCAUUAUCAUAUCCAUACCAAUCCCUUUUGUCCUUCCGCUCUCUUUCGACUCCACCCACCUAGCCAAAAAUUGCAGCGGCAGCAAGAGUGAGAAUCCACCAUUGACACCAAAGAGAGCACCUCAAUUGGGUUCACUUUUGAUUUCUCUGUUGGAGUUUUCACUCCCUACAAAUAUGAGAGUAGUGCUUUGGUAGUAUGCCCAGCCACGCAAUUGAGAAGAGCAAAGCAAGUGGAACGAUGAUGAGCAUGAACUCUUCUGCUGCUGCCGCUAAUCGGGAAGAGCUGCAGGAUCAGCGUGAUGCCAACAUGCCGAUGGCGGAGAAAUUAUUGAACUGGUUGUGGUGGGAUUAUGUAUGUCAGCUCAGGUACUACUGAUGUUCAAGAACCCCCAGGCCAACAGUUUCCGCAGAUGAUGACUGGAAGAAUGUGAUGUUCGUUGGGGAUUCGAUUUCGCGGAAUCAGUUCGAAUCGUUGAUUUGUAUGAUUGUGCCAUCGCUGCCUCGGAGGACGACUCAGUUGAACGGCGGAGAUCCUCUCUCAUCCAUCAAGUUCUGGAACAAAUCCAGAUGCAUACACAUCAGUUGCAGCAGAGAGUUCUGGUGCCGAAUUUGGAUCUUUGAAAGCUAUAAUGGCCAAGCUUACCAUGUCAGACACCAAAGUUGAAAAAGAGAGCAAGCUGUAAGGAAUUUGACAUCUCCACAUUUUCUUCAAAUCAUCAUUAUCGUAGUGGAUAAUGCUUUGUAUGUGUAUAUCACUGCAAUUGAAUAUGCAGACAAAUAUUAGUGGAUGAAAAUAGGGAAUAGGGAAGGAAUUACUUGACUUUUGGAUCUUACAUUUUGUGAGAUGAAAUACUCAAGAUUAGUUUGUUCUCUAUUUUCUCUAAUUGCUUCCUAGCAUUCCUGUGUGUUGAUUGCUGAUAUCAAAUACCCUUUAUCUACAAAAUAAAACCUCAAAAGUUGACAAAGUUUUGGCAACCAGAUUCUGACAGCUUUUCAUUUAGUUACAUCGCUUCUGUUUUCUUGCUUUGUGAAUGGUAGUUUCGGAGAGGUAAUUAGAAUCAAUGAUCAAUGUAUUUAGAGCACUAAACUAGAAUACUAGAAGCCCUUUUCUUUGGAAAGAACUUAACUAGAAGGCAAGGCUGAGUAGAGUGGAAGAAAUUGGAGUACCAAAAUGUUGAGCAAACUAUUCAGUACCGGAAAACCUGCUUCCUGGAGCAUACUCUACUAAUUCACUUCUUCAUAUCUUAAUUAUGCUUCCUUGCUCUAGGUUUUGGUCCAUUGUUUAGACAUGGUCCAAAUUAUAGGAAGGAAUUUUUUUAUUCAAAUGCAAAUGAAUAAUGGUUUCAUUGACGCACAAACAAUUACAUGAAUCUGUAGUUUCUUCUGUUUCCUUUUUUCGUAGAGGUGUUUUGAUAAAAUUUAUUUCUAAUAUGGAUGAUAGAGGCUAAGUUGAGCAAACUAUUCAGUACCGGAAAACCUGCUUCCUGGAGCAUACUCUACUAAUUCGCUUCUUCAUAUCUUAAUUAUGCUUCCUUGCUCUAGGUUUUGGUCCAUUGUUUAGACAUGGUCCAAAUUAUAGAAAGGAAUUUUUUAUUCAAAUGCAAAUGAAUAAUGGUUUCAUUCACGCACAAACAAUUGCAUGAAUCUGUAGUUUCUUCUGUUUCCUUUUUCGUACAGGUAUUUUGAUAAAAAUUUAUUUCUAAUAUGGAUGAUAGAGGCUAAGAUUGAUGCCAUUGCUUUUAUUGUACAUUUAUUAAAAAACAGAAGUGCCCUUAGGGUUUAAUGAAUUCUGCAUACACUAAUUUCCAGGAGAUUUCAAUUUCUUUUUAUGUGAAUUCUUAUAAAUUGUGUGCAUCUCUUUUUUCGUUGUAAGUUGUGUAGAGAAGUUGUAGAACAUUCAUUGUUAGCAACGAUCAUACUCCAAACAAGGCAACAUGGGAUCGUUCUGCCAAUAGAGCAAAUCAACACAAACAAUACACCUCUCUUAAAGCUACUGAUACUGCAUUGGAUAUCACAUUCAUAAGCUUUUGGCUAUUGCAACUUGAUCGAACUUUUUGCAAAGGACAGGUUGUUCUUGCCUCUUAGAUACAAGGUGUCAUCUUGCCUCUUUUACUGAAUUCUAAACUGUAAACUGUAACCAUAAAUAAUUAUGAGAGUUAAAUGUGUUAUUUUUUGACCAUGGUGUAUAUGAUCACCAUCCUUAGAUACGAAGGGGAAAAAAUCAUUUGCUUGAGUAUGUUUGCAGGCUACAAGGAACCAUACUGAUAUCUCCUGUUGUAUGAGUGUUAUAUAGAAAGGAUUCAUUGAAUUUAAAAACAACGGCACGACAAGCUUGCUCUUACUAACUCUGUUCCUGCGGUGUAGCCCAGAGACUAAUUCGUUAGUGCUUGGUAAUUAGAAGAUGUAGUUUGAAUUCCUUUCCAAAUAAGUAGCAGGGAAAGAACAAAAACCCUUCAGUUUAGAACAACCAAUAGAGGUUGCAUGCAACUUUGCUUUCUUUAACCUUCUACUAUGAAAUGGGAUUUCCUCGACCUAUAUAUGAUUCAUUUUUUGUUGUUGAACGGGAAGUAGGGGUUUAAACAUUUGUGUUGUCGACUGCGGGUCUAAUGUUGCCUAAUGCAUAGCCACUUUUGGCUGUUGCAUUUUGCAGGUGUAGCACCAUCACCAGAGCCUGCAAGGGUUUACUGCAAUUUCGUAAAUUCAUGUUUAAAACAGCAAACCUACAGCUGCAAGGGUUUACUAAAAAGGAAGUCCACCCCUCCAAAACUGGAGAAAGAUACGGAAAAAGGCUAAACUAUCCCAACAUAAAUAAAAGUACAAAGCCUUCUCCGUCCCCUCUUUUUUUACCCCCCUCUCCCUGAAAAAUACUUCUCGACACUCUUCUCAAUCCAUUCACAUCAUUCCCAAUUUUCUUCCAUCCUCUGCACCCCUUCUCAAAUAAUUGAUUUUACAUCUGGGGGUAUGGGUUCGAAAUUGAGAUUGAACUCUAUAUGUCUUUCCCAAGCACAUUGCUUUAGUACAUGGAACAAGGUAAGGCCAAAGAAAUAUGUAUAUUUUUCCUAUGAUUUGUAGAUUGAUGACACAUAUGGCAUUUGAUUUGGUGUUUAGAUUCCAAUCAGCACAUUUAGGAAGUCUUCACACACCGACUCAAGUUUUCAGCUAAAACACUAAAUAUGUACUGCCAACUUUUGUUCAUGGUGGCUUGAAUGUGAUUGGAUGCAUUUUGUUGUUUUGUUUUUCUCCUCACAUAACUAUAAUGGGUUCCAAUCAUAGGAGUGCCCUGUAUUGGUUGAGUAGUUAGAUCAUACUUCUACUUUAUCUUCGCAGCCUCUACCAUCCACCUCAUGUUGUUGUACUUUCCAGAGGUUGUGUAUUUUUUUAGGACCAAGGUAGAGAUCAAAGAAGAGAGGUAGAGAAGGGCGAUGAAUCAAUGAUAGAGAUGCAGAUGUCAGAGUUACUCAAGGAGAAGUCGAGGAGGUAAAUGCAUGUCCUCAUCUCACAUAAAUCAAUAAUCAUUCUUAUGUUGAAUUGAACCAUGAUCUUGAACUGUAGCUUUCCCAAGGCAACUCUGUGGUUAAGUUUCUACAAGGCUGUUGUAGUUUGCUUAGUGAUUGUCAUGUAGUUUAUACUUAACUGAUGGAUUCUUAAGACUGUUGUUAUAGUUUACUUCGUAGAUUUAUACCAGUAGGUUAUACUGCACUGGUUUCAUCAUGGGAUUUCUUUGUUUUUGUUGGUUUGCUUAUGUAGUAUUUGGAUCGACUUUGAAAUUUUGGUUAUCUAUUGAAUGGAUGUGGUGCAUAGAGAUGCAGGUGAUGCUUGCCUCCGAUGAACCAGGACCUGGAGUAACUGUAAAGUAGCUGCCGGGGAGGAGAAUUGACCGCGAGCCGUGAAUCAGCAAAGCAAGUAUGUGGUUUUUCCAAAUCUCCGGGUCAGGUGUUGAUCUCUGUGAAUUUUCACUGUUGUCCUUUGAUUUAGCAGCUCGACUUUGGUGCUGCUGAAUACUUUCGGAUUUUGUAGUUUGUGCUUACUUUAUUGAAAGAAUCGGACUUAUGAUUCAAGACUGAGUUAAAGUUGGAGAUACUUUCUGAUAAUCUCCCGCUUAUAAGUAUUAAAGUCCACUUGAAUGAUUGAAUUCAUUUUCUUUGAUUGGGUUGUUUAUGGAGUUAGAAAAUCAGUGCAAUCUGGAGGAAUGCCAAUCACUAUUCAAUUCCUAUUAUGUGGUACCUUCAAGCUAAAGGAAAAAAAAGCAUUUCAGUUCUAGAGUUGUUCAUUUGUCACUUGGAAGUUUGUUUGUAGCAGAAGUGUAAAUUUGUUACUUAGAAGUCUGCUUUUUAGUAGAAGCAUGUUCCUUUAUGUUUUCUAUUCACUAACACUCAAAUCUCACAGGUCAAGUGGGAGAACAAAAUGAUGCUGCUCAGUGGGAUCCAAAAAUUCUUCUAAUAGCAUGACAGGUAGUUCGGUUAGUUAGUAGGGAUCAAGAGCUUCACCAGUAAGGGUCAUUGUUUGAGUAACUGAUAGACAAGUUGCUGAACAAGCCAUUUACUAAGUUGAAGACCAACUCUUUCUGUAUGAAUCUUUUGGUUUGUUUUUUUUUUUUUUCUAAUGAAGGUUGCUCAAAUAAGACAACUUGGGUAUGGAUUGAAUUAGUAUAUGAGAUAAUGAGUUUCACCUAUAUAAUAAUGUAUUACUUUGGUGUAGUUUUAUUGUAGAUUUCGAAAGAUGAAAGAUGAGGAAGAGUAAACAUCGCUAAAUUUC